AUGUCCAGAGAACAAAAAAAUAUGUGGAAUGCCUCUUCUGAUAAUCAAGAAAUGAAGAAGUCAUCAGAAUAUGAUUAUGAAGUGUUUUUGAGCUUUAGAGGACCAUAUACUCAUACGGACAUUGCUGAUUACCUUUACGUCAGCAUGAUUGAUGUUGGAAUUCGGGCAUAUAGGGACUAUGAAGAGCUCUGCACUGGGGAAGAGAUCAGCGGCCAAUUUCUCCAAGCAAUUCAACACUCAAAGAUCUCAAUACCAAUCUUUUCUAAAGGAUAUGCUAAUAGUCCAUGGUGCCUCAGGGACUUGGUCAAGAUGGUGGAGAGCAAGAACAUAGGGGGAUAA